AUGGCGAGUUUAGAGAUUGAACGAGGGAAGUUGGACUCUUCUAUACGCAAUUUAAAGCUCUCGGGUCAUGUAGGUUUUGAUAGUCUUCCAGAUCAAUUAGUAAAUAAAUCAGUUCAAAAUGGAUUUGUAUUUAAUAUCCUUUGUAUUGGUGAAACUGGUUUAGGUAAAUCGACUCUUAUGGAUUCAUUAUUCAAUACAAGCUUUGAAUCUACUCCAAGUCCACAUAAUCUAGCAUCUGUAAAGUUGAAAGCACAUACCUACGAAUUACAAGAAAGUAAUGUUAAACUUAAACUUACCAUUGUUGAUACAGUCGGAUAUGGGGAUCAAAUUAAUAAGGAAGAUAGCUUUAAAACAGUUGUUGAUUAUAUAGAUGCACAAUUUGAAGCAUAUUUACAAGAAGAAUUGAAAAUCAAACGCUCUCUGUCAACUUAUCAUGAUAGUCGUAUCCAUGUUUGUCUCUAUUUCAUUUGUCCAACAGGUCAUGGACUUAAAUCAAUUGAUCUUGUAUGUAUGAAAAAGUUGGAUACAAAAGUUAACAUUAUUCCAAUUAUUGCUAAAGCUGAUACAAUAUCAAAGACUGAAUUGCAAAAGUUCAAGAGUAAAAUAAUCUCAGAAUUGCAAAAUAAUGGAGUUCAUAUAUAUCAAUUUCCAACAGAUGAUGAAAGUGUAGCUGAUGUAAAUUCUAGUAUGAAUGCACAUGUACCUUUCGCAGUAGUUGGUAGUACUGAUUUUGUACGAGUUGGAAACAAGAUGAUGCGUUCACGGCAAUAUCCUUGGGGUACAGUUCAAGUGGAGAAUGAAUCUCAUUGUGACUUUGUAAAGUUACGUGAGAUGCUCAUUAGAACAAAUAUGGAAGAUAUGCGUGAAAAAACCCAUUGUCGUCAUUAUGAAUUGUACCGUAAGAGAAGAUUAGAGCAGAUGGGAUUUAGUGAUGUUGAUAGUGACAACAAACCUGUAAGUUUUCAACAAACUUGUGAAGCAAAAAGAUCUAUUCAUUUACAAGAAUUACAACAAAAAGAAGAUGAAAUGAGACAGAUGUUUGUUGCAAGAGUAAAAGAAAAAGAAGCUGAACUUAAAGAAGCUGAAAAGGAGCUCCACAAUAAAUUUGAUAAAUUAAAAAAAGAUCAUACGGAAGAAAAAAAGAAAUUGGAAGAAAAUCGAAAAAAACUUGAAGAUGAUAUCUUAGAGUUUAAUAGACGCAAAACGCAAUUUGCUCAACAACCACAACAUCAUACACUUACAUUAGGGAAAAGUAAGAAAAAGUAAUAUAUCUAAAUGCAAAAAUAUAAUUCUUGUAUAAGGAGAUAUUAACAAAAAUAGAACUAUAAUCAGGAUAAUAGUAUUAAUUUAUAAUUUAGAUGCAAUAUUUAUCCAAAGUGUAAAAGAUAUACAAUCUUUGUAAAAAAAAUAAAACAGAAAAACAACCAUUGCACAACACAA